CGGAAUUUAGGACAAACCCUCCUUGAACAUCCAGCAGUCUGAACAGCAAGAUUAGAGUGAUCUGGUCAAAACAGCACGACGAUAUGAAGAAAACCAAUGGCCAGAUAGAGGAGAGAGGAUACUGGGGUAGUAAAACAGAGUUUAUUUUAGCUGUGGCAGGGAUUGUGAUUGGUCUGGGUAACGUGUGGAGAUUUCCCUACCUCUGCUACAAGAAUGGGGGAGGGGCGUUCCUGAUCCCCUACCUGGUGUUUGUGGUUACCUGUGGGGUGCCUCUGUUCCUGCUGGAGACGGCUAUGGGACAGUACACACAGGAAGGGGGCAUUACUUGUUGGCGUCGGCUUUGUCCUCUGGCUGAAGGUAUUGGUUAUGCAGGACAACUGAUUAUUUUGUACAGCUGCAUGUAUUACAUCAUCAUUCUGGCCUGGGCGCUUUUCUACCUCAUUUACUCUUUUAGCUCCCAACUGCCUUGGGCCAGUUGUGACAACACCUGGAACACAGAUGAUUGUGUGGAUCUUGCUGCAAACAAUCUUAGCCGGACAAUGCUGAUUAAUUCAACCUCUUCAGUUACUGAGUUCUGGAGAAACAGAGUGCUGGUUCUCUCUGAUGGGAUUGAGGAGAUCGGUCAGAUCAACUGGGAGAUUCUGCUGUGUCUUAUUGCAAUGUGGGUCAUAUGUUAUUUCUGCGUCUGGAAAGGAGUCAAAUCUACAGGAAAGGUGGUGUAUUUCACAGCUACAUUUCCUUAUGUGAUGCUGCUGGUGUUGCUGAUUCGUGGGUUAACUCUUCCUGGAGCUCUUCAGGGGGUUGUGUUUUACCUGUACCCUGAACCGGCCCGGCUCUUUGACCCACAGGUUUGGAUGGAAGCAGGAGCUCAGAUCUUUUUCUCCUACGCUUUGGGCACAGCCUCUCUUACUGUAUUAGGAAGCUACAAUAAAUAUAACAACAACUGCUACAGGGACAGCUUAUGGCUUUGCCUUCUGAACAGCGGUACUAGUGUGGUAGCAGGUUUUGCUGUGUUCUCAGUUUUGGGUUUCAUGGCUGAAAAGCAGGGUGUCCCCAUUGACGAGGUGGCAGAAUCAGGUCCAGGACUAGCUUUCAUAGCUUAUCCACAGGCAGUAGCUAUGAUGCCUUGUCCACAAUUGUGGGCUGCUUGUUUCUUCAUCAUGAUUAUUUUGCUGGGGCUUGAUACGCAGUUUGUUGCAAUGGAAGUUUUCAUGACAUCAGUGAUGGACCUCUACCCCUUGGUGCUGCGCAAAGCUGGACGUCGAGAAAUAUUCCUCCUGCUUUUCUGCAUUUUUUGUUUCUUCAGCCAAAUUGUCAUGGUUACAGAGGGGGGGAUGUAUAUAUUCCAGUUGUUUGACUAUUAUGCCUGCAGCGGAGCCUGUCUUCUUUUUCUCUGUGUGUUUGAGUCUCUGGCCAUGGGUUGGAUCUUUGGGGCUGAGAGGAUGUUUGACGUCAUUGAAGACAUGACCAGCUCUCGACCCAACUACAUAUUCAUGCUGUGCUGGAAAUACCUGACUCCUCUCGUGUCUUUGGUGUCUUUUGUAUGUUCCCUUGUGAAGUACAAGCCCCUCACUUUUAACCGCUGGUAUGUGUACCCAGACUGGGCGUAUGCACUAGGCUGGUUGCUGGCCCUGUCCUCCAUUCUCCUGGUGCCUGGAUGGGCACUUGGACAACUAAUUGUUGAGAAAGGAAGUUUAAAACAGCGUUGUCGUCACUUGUGCAGUCCUGACACAAACCUCCCUCUCAUCUAUAAGAAGCAACAAGCAGAAAUACAAGAAAAUACCACCAUCACAGAGAUGGAAAACUUAGUCAAGUCUACACAAACUAAUAUAAACAUAAGAGAUAGGGAAAAUAAAAUGUAAAACCUGUGUAUGUACUGAAAAACACUCUUUUCGUUAUACUUGAGGUGCUCACUCUUGCUGUAUAUUUUCAUUAGUCUUUAGUAGUUUUUGUAAUAUAAUCAGCUGUUCGGCUAUUGUAAUAUCAUCAUGUUAUUGUGCUUUCAUGUGUUUGUAUAUGUAUAUGUGUGUUUGUGUGUAUUUUUAUCUUUUUUUUUUAUUUUGAUUGCUUCCACUGUCCUCAUUUGUAAGUAUAUAUAUAUUAAUUAACAUGAAUGGUAGAAUAAUAAAUAUAGGCCUAUUGACACAGUUGAGAAAGUUCUUCCAUCAAUGUUUUUUUCAAAUGCCUAUAAAAAGUUAUUGUGUCACUUAAAGCUUAUUUACUCUGUAACCCAGUUGACAUGAAUGAGCUUACACUAAUCAUGUUUAAUUGUGUUUAAUUGCCCAACAAUAAAUUGAAGGAGUGAUGUUAA